GGUAACUGAUGAUGUCCUUGCAAUGGCACGGCUCAAUACUGCGCAGAUAAUCAAAAAAGAUAUAAUUGCCCAAUUCCAAGGGUGGAGUAUAAAAACCAUAAUAAAUCUGCAAACACCAGGUGAACAUGCGAGUUGCGGUGGUCCGCUAGAAGAGAGCGGCUUUACGUACGAUCCCAACAUUUUUAUGAAAAACGAUAUUUAUUAUUAUAAUUUCGCCCUAAAGGAUUAUGGUAGUGCCACGGUGGGGAAACUUUUGGACAUGGUCAAGGUUGUGGCCUUUGCCGUGCAAGAAGGAAGAGUGGCCAUUCACUGUCAUGCCGGUCUCGGCAGAACCGGUGUUCUGAUAGCGUGCUACCUUAUUUACAGUCUUCGUGUAAGGGCGAACGAUGCCAUUAGAUUUGUUCGCAUGAAGCGUCCCUCCGCUAUACAAACGCGUGGGCAAAUAAUUUGUAUUCAGGAAUUCGAGCACUUUGUGCUUCCACAAAUGAUAGUAUUCCCUUCGCACAGUACAACGGGGGAUCGCAAACCCUAUAGCCUUCAAUCGUACCUGAAAAAGCAAUACAACAUGCUACACGGAUAUGAACAGCGCACCUUCAAGCAUAUUCCAAAAAUCGUUUUUAUUAUUUGCGAGCGGAUACUACAGCUCUGCGAUUGUCAAGAAGAUAAUUCGGCUUCCGAGAUUGCAUAUACGAUUUCCAACGUGCCUUUUACUCAAAAGUUUAUUUGUCAUGUUUUGGAGAAAUUCCGUGACAGCAAGGGUAAUAUGCGACACUCCUAUUCGUGGGCGGAAUCCCUUACGGACUCCUACGAAUACUCAACUUCCACAAAAGCGUGCAGUAGUAGUCAAGGCUCGUCCAGAGAUAUCUGUGAUGAUAUAGGAAGAUUAAGUGACGUAUUUUGCAUGUCACCAGAUACUCCUUCCUGCGAUUCUACAUUUCCAGGUCUAGACGACAUUUGCGUGGAUGAUGUCCUAGGUGACGGCAUUCACGAUCAGGAUCUGCUUGACAAUGACUGUUACAAAGAGAUUCAGUCGCAUAUGGACUUAAGAAGCGUCUCCCGUAAUGAUUACGAAACAGUGACGGCCGAGGAAGCUAUCAAAGCGCUCAUCAGAGAUAGUGCUUCGCUUCCUGAUCCUAUAAAAAAACGGUUGCAAAAUUAUCAGAGUGACUUGAAUCAUCGAUGUACUGCUUGGCAGCGAUUAGAAUUGGAAUCUAAUUUGGAAUUACUAUCAGCACUGUUAUUCGAAUGGUUGGAAAGUCUCAAGCAUCCUCUUCUUGACGUUGACAGCCUCAGUUACAUUGUCGUAUGGAGUUCAAAGCCGCAACGAUGCCUUGAAAAGCUAUCUGUUUGUACAAGAUAUUUAUUGGAAUAUCUUUUGCGAUUCAUUACUCGCUUAAGACCUGUGACAGCUGAGAGCCAGAGUUUAAUUACUAAAAGGCUAAUGGCGGCACUGACGCAGCAAACAAUUUGGAUCAAAAAUUAUUUUCAUCCUCCACAUAAACAUUUCCAGAAAUUGCGACGCGGUACCGCUGGUAAGCUCAAUGAAUUCUUCAUUCGCCUGAUGAACUUGAUAGAAGAAGUUAAUACUCAAGGAUUAGACAAGCCUCCAUGGGCGUCGAAAUGGGAAUUAUUGUCUAAUCACUUACGGGAUAUAGACAGUCAGAAAAACAAUGGAUGAUUAUCAAAUCUAGAGUUUAGUUUUCGACGAAUUUUUUUCUAUUUGCCAACGAUAUAAACUUCUAAAAUUGUUUUAUUUUUCACCAGUUGGUCUUGAAAAGCAUAUGUUUAGUCUGUAAUAGCAGCUACAGGUAAUCCGCGUCUAAGCAAGAUUUAACUCACUAAACAGAUGAUUUUUGUAAAAAUAUAAAACAGAAUACCUUU